AUGUUUUCCCGUGCCGUGAGACCUACCUUCUCCCUCGCUCGGAGCCUGUCCACCUCUUCGCAUAACAACGCCAAGGUGGCAGUGCUUGGAGCGUCAGGCGGCAUAGGCCAACCGCUAUCCUUGCUGCUCAAGAACAGCCCCCUGGUGAGCCAACUCUCCCUGUAUGAUAUCGCCCACACACCUGGGGUGGCCGCGGAUCUCAGCCACAUUGAGACAAGAGCCCAGGUAACCGGCCACAUGGGCCCCGACCAGCUCAACGCUGCUCUGCAGGGCUGUGACGUCGUGGUUAUUCCCGCCGGCGUUCCCAGGAAACCCGGCAUGACCAGAGAUGACCUCUUCAACACCAACGCUACCAUUGUAGCCACCUUGGCCGACGCCUGCGCCCGCAACUGCCCAGAAGCUAUGAUCUGCAUCAUCGCUAAUCCUGUUAACUCCACCGUUCCUAUCACAUCAGAGGUUUUGAAGAAGCACGGAGUGUACAACCCCAACAGAGUGUUCGGUGUCACAACCUUGGACAUUGUCAGAGCCAACGCUUUUGUGGCAGAGCUCAAGGGCCUUGACCCGGCUCGUGUCAGCGUCCCAGUCAUCGGGGGUCACGCCGGGAAGACCAUCAUUCCCCUCAUUUCCCAGUGCACACCCAAAGUUGAGUUCCCUGCCGACCAGCUGUCCGCCCUGACUGGAAGGAUCCAGGAAGCCGGCACAGAAGUGGUCAAAGCCAAGGCAGGGUCAGGGUCCGCCACCCUGUCCAUGGCCUACGCAGGUGCCCGCUUCACCUUCUCCGUCCUGGAUGCCAUGAACGGAAAGGAAGGUGUAGUGGAGUGCGCCUAUGUCAGGUCUGAGGAGACGGAGUGCAAGUACUUCUCCACACCUCUCCUGCUGGGAAAGAGUGGCAUAGAGAAGAACCUUGGGCUGGGCAAGCUGACCGCCUUUGAGGAAAAGCUGGUUGCCGAUGCCAUCGGUGAGCUGAAGUCUUCUAUCAAGAAAGGCGAGGAUUUUGCUGCUAACAUGAAGUAA